GAGAUGUCUGUGUUCACACUUCACUGGUCAAAAUUGACCUCAAAUAGUAAAAUCUAAGUUGAAGAUCCCAAAGUUUAUUUUGGAUUAUUUAGUUUAUUUUUGCCGUUAUUCAGCCAUGGCAAGUCCGGCCCCCAAUCAGAUGAUGACCUGCCCGUAUAACAAGGCACAUCAAGUGGAGCACUAUCGGAUGCAAGUCCACCUGCAGAAGUGCAGGAAACAACACCAAGGCUGCAAGAAGGUCACGUGCCCCUUCGACACCACCCACGUUGUGAACGAUGCUGAAUUAGAUUUCCACAUGGGUGUAUGCUCGAAGCGCAUCAAACUCGACACCCAGCUUUAUGUCCUGGACAACGAUUAUCGGCCCGUUCUGGACGUGGUCGCACCCACCCCGGUGGUACCUUGCGACGAAGACUGGGAAUGCGAUUCCACUACGUCCUACAUUCCGGACCCGGCCAAGAAGGGUGCCCACAUUAUCCACAAGAUCAAAGGAGCUACUCCGUCCGAACGAAGGAAAGCUCGUAUGCAAGGCAUACAAACGUACAGACCGAAGUAAUGAAUUAUUAUUGUGUUGUAACAACGAGUGUUUGACAUUCGGUUUCAAUUUAUCGCAUAGACAAUAUUAUAUCAUAAAUAUAUUUAUCUGAUUCAAGCAGAAUAUAACAAAUAUUAAAAAAAAAAAAAAUAUAUAAAAUACGAAACAAAAACUUACAAAAAGAAAAAAUUAUAUAUUGUCUAUGCCUGGGAUUCCACCAUUCGAUACAAUUCCCAUACACCUGUGCCGAAUUUAAAUAAUGGAACUAGUUUCCGAAUUUAAAAAAAAACUCGACGACUUUCGUUAUUUUCAUUGGACGAAGGAAUUCUAAAAUUCUAAUUAAUGCCUUUAAUUUGCACUGUAGUGAUUAUUUUUAGUAACGUAAAUGUAUAUUUAAAAAAAAAUGUAAAUAAAAAAAAGCUGCUAAUUUAAUAAAAACUUAAAUUUAAGUAAAAAUCUAAGGUAUCCUGUUAACCGUUAUUAUCUACUCGACUGGUUGAACUUUUGUUGAUAAACUAUAAAUGUCUGAAUUUUUGUUUAAUUUUUGUAAAAUAAAAAUACUAUUUUCUCUGA